AUGCCUUUUCCGAGCCCGAUCCCAUGGGUGUUGAUGCUUCUGGUGCUCAUCUGCGUACUCAACACCUCUGUCGCAGCACAGCAGGCUGUGGAGGGAACAUGGGACUAUGGUUACCUCCAAGGGCUUAUGCAACGGAUAACCGGCCAGAAUAUGACGGCACCACAGAAGCCUCGGUUCCGCAAGGUCCAGAGUUUCCGCACCGACUAUGCCCCAGCCACAAUCACCCAGUAUGUGUCGGAGCGAAGCGGCAUGCAGGUCAUCGUGACCGACCGCAAAGGGCCCAAGGUCAACGGUUACUUCACCCUGGCCACCGAGAUCUUCGACGACUCAGGCGCGCCGCACACACUGGAGCACCUCGUCUUUAUGGGCUCCAAGAGCUACCGGUACAAGGGCCUGCUGGACAAGCUAGCCGGCCGGGCGUACAGUAACACCAAUGCCUGGACCGCGGUCGACCACACCGCCUACACGCUCGAAACGGCCGGUUGGGAUGGCUUCGCCCAAAUCUUACCCGUCUACCUUGAACACGUCAUUGUCCCCCACAUUACGGACGACGCGUGCGUGACUGAGGUUCACCACAUCGAUGGUGAAGGAAACGAUGCGGGUGUGGUCUACUCAGAGAUGCAGGCCCUGCAGUACAGCAGCACCGAGCUGAUGGACCUACGGGCUCGCCGGCUGCUGUACCCCGAGAACAUUGGUUUCCGCUACGAGACGGGCGGCAUGAUGGAGGCGCUCCGGGUGUUGACUCCCCAGCGGAUCCGCGAGUUCCACAAGGCCAUGUACCAGCCGCAGAACUUAGCCAUUGUGAUCAUUGGUGAGACCGAUCAUGACGACCUCUUGCGGAUCCUGGAUGAGUUUGAGGAAAGCAUCAAGGAUGAUAUCCCGCCGCCCAACCCACAGUUUAAGCGUCCGUUUGUGGAUUCCGCGCAGCCACCGGCGCUGGAGAAGACGAUUGUUGAGACGGUGGAGUUUCCCGAGGAGGACGAGUCGACCGGGGAGAUAUGCGUGGCGUUUUUCGGACCGAGUUGCAACGACCAGGUCCAGGCGACGGCCGUCAACAUUAUCAUGACAUACCUUUGCGGGUCUUCUGUCUCGGUUAUUGAGAACGUGAUGGUCGAAAAGGAGCACCUCGCAAGCUCAGUUUCGUAUUGGUGGGACAGCAGGCCAAACUCGGUCAUUUGGUUCCAGCCCACGGGUGUGGCGACCGAGAAGCUCGAGUUUGUGGAGCAGCGCCUCAUUUCUCUUUUGAAGGAAGUGGCCUCCAAGCCGCUAGACAUGGACUACAUCAAGGAGUGCCUGCAGCGGGAGCAGCGCCAGGUGAAGCUACAAGCCGAAGGGUCUGAGGGAUUCUACGCCACCAACAUUAUUACUGACUAUCUCUUUGGUAAGCGCGACGGGUCUACCUUGGAAGAGCUCUCGAACCUGAGCGAGUAUGAUGUUCUUGAUAGCUGGACGGAGGAGCAAUGGAAAUCGUUCCUGAAGAAAUGGAUCUCGGACGCCCACCACAUCUCAAUCCUGGGUAAACCCUCUGAGGCGCUUGCCAACACGCUCAAGGCCAAUGAGGAGGCGAGGAUCGCGAAGAGGAAGGAGGAACUUGGGAAGGAAGGGCUUGAUAAGCUGAAGGGAAAGCUUGAGACUGCCAAGGCGAACAACGAGAAACCAAUUCCACCUGAGGUGCUGGACCAGUGGCCCGUCCCCGGGACGUCCUCCAUCCACUUCAUUGAGUCGGCCACGGCCAGGUCUGGCAAGGCACGGAGCCUGGGUGUCCAGGACAACGCCGCCCAGAAGGCCAUUGACGCCGCGACUCAGGGCUUGCCGUUGUUUGUGCAGUUUGAGGACGUCCCGACCGGGUUCGUGCAUCUCACCGUCCACCUGGGCAUGACGCAGACUCCAAUCAAGUACAAGCCGCUGCUGCCGCUGUUUGCCGACAUCUUUUUCAACUCGCCCGUGACCAAGGACGGCAAGCGGCUAGAGUUCGAGGAGGUGGUCAAGCAGCUGGAGAAGGACACCAUCAGCUAUCACAUCGGUUCUUCGUCCCGCCUAGGCGACUAUGAGGGCGUGGCCAUCCACUUCCAGGUCGACCGCGAGAAGUACACCACCAUCAUCAGCUGGUUGCGCACCCUGAUGUUCGACAUCAUCUUCGACCCCGUCCGGGUCAAAGCAGCCGUGGUCAAGGCGCUCGCCGACAUCCCCGAAGCGAAGCGAGACGGACGCGUGAUGGCUCAGGAAGUCGACUUGGCCGUUCACUUCAAACCGGAAUCCUAUCUCGUCGCGAAGCGCGCCCUCGUCAAGGCUCUGUACCUGCGCCGCCUCAAAAAACUCAUCGAAAAGGAGCCCGACACGGUUAUCGGUUGGUUCGAGGAGCUCCGCAAAAGCCUCUUCACCUUCGCCAACAUGCGCGUGCUGGUGACCGCCGACGUCGCCCAGCUCCCCAACCCAGUCGCUGCCUGGGACAUCUUCUCCACGGCCCCCAGCUUCGACUCAACCCCAGACGUCUUCCCCCUCACCAAGCUCUCCUCCAUGCUCAGCCCCGAGGGCCGCGCCCCGGGAACAUUUGGCAGCGUCAUCAUCCCCAUGACCACCCUCGACAGCUCCUACAGCGUCAGCACUGCAACGGGCCUCACCUCCUACGCCGACCCGCGCUUACCCGCCUAUCUCGUUGCGCUAGGUUAUCUCGAGGCGGUCGAGGGCCCGUUGUGGAACGCGGUGCGCGGCAAUGGGCUUGCUUACGGUGUGUCCUUCUCGCGCGAGGUGGAUGCGGGUUACAUCCAGUUCAAGGUGUACCGAUCCCCCGACGCGAGCAAAGCCAUCGAGGCGAGCCGGGCCACCGUCGCGCGGGUGGCGUCAGGUGAGGUCCCGCUGGAUCGGCAUCUGGUUGAGGGUGCCGUGAGUGGGGUUGUGUUUGCUGCGGCGGACGAGCAAGCGACGAUGGCGGCGGCUGCGCAGCAGAAUUAUAUCCUGGGGGUCGUGAGGGGCUUGGAGCCGGGUUGGAAUCGCAAAAUUUUGGCUCGCGUGCGUGAGGUUACUGAGGACGAGAUCCGUGCUGUGAUGCGUGAGGUUGUGUUGCCGGUGUUUGAGCCGGGGAAGAGUAAUGUGGUGGUGACGUGUGCGCCGAUUAUGGAGGAGAACAUGGUCAAGGCACUCAACACGGCGGGUUACAAGACACAGGUGCAGCCGCUGGCGCAUUUCUAUGAUGACUACGGACUUAAGGGAGAUGAUGACGAGGAGGAAGAAGAGGAAGAGGAUGAGGAUGAUGAGAUGGAAGAUGGAUCGGAGUUCUCAGGAUCUGAGGAGGAUGAGUGA